UGGAUUCUCUCUCUUCGCUUCGCCAUCAAAACCCAAACCCUCACUUCCCUACCCUUGGCGGCUGAAACUUCCCCCCCUUGUCUCCCUCUCAUCUCUCUCUCUAUAUCUCGUAGGGUUUUCUUUCCUCUCCAAUUGGAUUUAGGGUUUUAGAUCGUUACUCUCAUGGCCACUGUUGCUCCUCCCGCAGAUCGUAUCCUUACCAACCCUGUUGUCCAUCUGGAAGCUGCAGAUUUGCUGCAAAAGUUAUCAUUGGAUUCUCAACCCAAGACCUUGGAAAUUCCUGAACAUACAAAGAAGCCGUCUGUUGAUGCAGCCGAUACUACAAAUGGUCAGAUCCAGUUGUAUGAACGUUCUGUGACCCCGUUAUUACAGGAUUUCAAUGAUCCAUCCAUGUGCUAUGUCCCAAACAGUUAUCCAUCGACUGCUUAUUAUUAUGGAAGUUACGAUGGGACUGGUAAUGAAUGGGAUGACUACCCGAGAUAUGUAAAUCCAGAGGGAGUUGAAAUGCCUCCUGGAGUUUAUGGGGACAACGGAUCGCUUAUGUAUCACCACGGUUAUGGGUAUGCCCCCUAUAGCCCAUAUUCACCUGCUGGUUCCCCGGUUCCGACUAUGGGACAUGAUGGGCAGCUAUACGGGGCUCAGCAUUACCAAUAUCCACCUCAAUAUUUCCAACCCCUGACCCCAACUAGUAUGCCAUACACCCCUACUCCUGCUGCCCCCUCUAAAGGAGAAAUUCCCAACUCUGCACCUGCUGACCAAACACCUUUGUCCGUGGAAACUGCUAAUGGAAACUCCAAUGGCAUUGCUAACAGUGGGGGCGUAAAGGGAAAUAAUGGUUCAGCACCAACAAAACAUACAUAUCAGAAUUCAUCAUUUAAUACCAAUGCUUCCUACGGGAGGGGUGGCCUUCCUGGGGGAAUUCCUGCGUUGGGUUUUCAAGAUCCAAGAUUCGGCUUUGAUGGUUUAAGGUCUCCUAUCCCUUGGUUGGAUGGCACAAUAUUUUCUGAUGGGCAGCCUAGGCCUGUGACUAGCACUUCGAUGGUUUCAUCAAUAUCACAUGCGAAUAACUCCCCAGCAUCAAGGAAUCAGAAUUAUCGUCCUCAUUCUCAUCUCAUGGGUUUGCACCAACCGAGACCAAUGCCUAGCAUGGGCACAGCUAAUGGCUAUAUGAAUAGGAUGUACCCGAACAAAUUAUAUGGCCAGUAUGGAAGCACCUUUAGAUCUACUCUCGGUUUUGGAUCUAAUGGUUAUGAUUCACGAACAAAUGGACGUGGGUGGUUGGUCGAUAGCAAGUACAAACCCAGGGGGCGAAGCAAUGGUUUCUUUGGUUAUGGCAAUGAGAACAUAGAUGGUUUGAAUGAGCUGAACAGGGGACCGAGGGCCAAGAGCUCUAAGAACCAGAAAGGUUUUACACCUGUUCCCUUGGCAGUGAAGGGGCAAAACACAUUAAAUGGAACAAAUGAUCUGGAGAAGGAAAGGUCAAGUGUGGCUCCCGAUCGGGAACAAUACAACAAAGUAGAUUUCCCUGAGAGUUACACUGAUGCUAAGUUCUUCAUCAUUAAAUCAUACAGUGAGGAUGAUGUCCACAAGAGCAUCAAGUAUAAUGUGUGGGCUAGCACACCGAAUGGUAAUAAAAAGCUUGAUGCAGCAUAUCAGGAAGCUCAGCAGAAGUCUGGUGGUUGCCCUGUUUUUCUUUUCUUCUCGGUCAAUACUAGCGGGCAAUUUGUUGGUGUUGCAGAGAUGACAGGGCCAGUUGAUUUUCACAAGAAUUUUGAGUACUGGCAACAAGACAAGUGGAACGGUUGUUUCCCUGUUAAUUGGCACAUUGUAAAAGAUGUGUCCAAUAGUCUGUUGAAGCACAUAACCCUAGAGAAUAAUGAGAACAAGCCUGUAACUAACAGUAGGGACACUCAAGAGGUUAAAUUGGAGCAGGGGCUUCAACUGCUCAAAAUAUUCAAGGAUCACUCAAGUAAGACAUGCAUCCUGGAUGAUUUUGGUUUUUACGAGGGUCGCCAGAAGACAAUUCAAGAGAAGAAGGCCAAGCAACAGCAUUUCCAGAAGCAGGUAUGGGAAGGAAAACCAACUGAUGAAAAGAACAAAGAAGGGGCAAAUGGGGAACUGAAAUCACAGCAGAAGUCUUCAGAAGCUGCCUCUGAUUUUGUCAAGGAGCCUACUACCCCUGCUGUUCAGACGAACAGGGAUGUAAAGCUUUCAGAAAAUGGAUCGGCAGUUACAAAAUCUGGAGACGGGCCGAAUGGUGCUAAAACAGCUGCAGUGCCAGAGAAAAAGAUUGCGGCAAAUGGGGUUGCAAAUGUUGAGGGUACAUUUUUUCCCAUGUGACAAGGCAGAGAGGCUUAGCUGCUUUUGUUGAGAAUGAAAACGAGCCCCAUUUUUUCUCAUGAUGCGGGUCAGGUUCUAUAGCUGUUUAGUUUCAAACAGGUCUCCUUACCUUGGGGGUUUGUGGGUUUAGGGCCUUUUUUUUUUUUUUUUUUUUUUUUUUUUUUUUUUGGUUUUUUUUUUUUUUUUUUUUUUUUGUGUGGCUUUAAUAUAUUUUUGUUGGUCUAUUUUUUUCUCUUUUGUUUUUUUGAAUCUCCUUUUUUAUUUCUAGUUUGGCCUCAUCUUGUAAAAUCUAGAUCUACUUUUGCUAAAAGCAGAUUUUGCUUUUUGUAGUUGGGAGAGAGCUAGAGGCAAGGUGGGAAAAAGUAUUGCAAUAGAUAAUAGUUCCCUAGUAGUUGAAGCUUUUGAAAGUUAAAUUGUUUUUUUUCUUUUAGUGUUUUCCUUUCGUUGCUUAUGUUAUAUGUUUAUGUUAAUGACCUUUUAUAUUUA